ACUCCCACAUCCCGAAAGAGAGCCAGAGAAGCACUCUGCUGAGCAGUUGAAGAAUUAGCAGAGAAGAAGAGAGAUAGCUCGGUCGGCGAGUGAGUGAGAGAUGCCUGCCUCUGCGCUGUACAUCCUCGACCUCAAAGGAAAGCCGGUGAUAUCCAGGGACUACCGAGGAGACGUGGAUCUGUCGGUCAUCAACAACUUCCUGCCCCUGUUACUGAGUCUGGAGGAAGAGGGUAUGGCUUCCCCCAUUCUGGUCCACGAGAAAGUCACUUUCGUCUACAUCAAACACAACAACCUCUACUGUAUCCCAACACCCCCUCUGUGCAGUUAUAGGACUUGUGCAUAUGUUGUGUGCUGCUCUCUCUAUUGCUUCUUUGACCUUUACCAACCAGUGGUUGCAACUACCAUCAGGAACGCCAAUGUGGCUCUCAUCUUCCAGUUCUUGCAUCGCAUAGUAGAGGUUUUCAGGGAAUAUUUCAGGGAGCUGGAGGAAGAGAGUAUCAGAGAUAACUUUGUGCUUCUCUACGAACUCCUGGACGAGUUGAUGGAUUUCGGCUACCCUCAGACCACAGAGGGGAAGAUUCUUAAAGAGUUCAUAACUCAGGAAGGCCACAAGUUGGAGUUGACACCCCACAUCCCAGCAGCCGUGACUAACGCAGUGUCAUGGAGGAAAGAAGGAAUCCGCUACCGCAAGAACGAAGUUUUUCUAGAUGUCAUUGAGUCAGUCAACCUCCUGGUGAGUAAGACAGGGCACGUCCUGCAGAGUGAGAUAGUUGGGUCGGUAAAGAUGAAGGUUCGACUGACAGGCAUGCCGGAACUGAGGCUGGGACUGAACGAUAAGAUCCUCUUUGAACACACAGGACGGACACGCAGCAAGGCCGUGGAACUAGAGGAUGUGAAGUUCCAUCAGUGUGUCCGACUCUCGCGGUUUGAGAAUGACCGCACUAUCUCGUUCAUUCCCCCCGACGGAGAGUUUGAGCUCAUGUCAUACAGACUCAACACUCAAGUCAAGCCUCUCAUCUGGAUAGAGUCUCAGAUUGAGAGACACUCCCACAGCAGAGUCGAAUACCUCAUCAAGGCUAAGGGACAGUUCAAACGGAGGUCUACUGCCAACAAUGUGGAGAUCCUCAUCCCUGUUCCUGCAGAUGCCGACUCUCCCAAAUUUAGAUCCAAUGCUGGCUACUCCAAGUAUGUUCCAGAGAAGAGUGCGCUAGUCUGGAACAUCAAGAACUUUCCAGGAGGAAAAGAGUUUGUGCUGAGAGCUCAUUUCGGUCUCCCGUCAGUGGAGUCUGAGCAGGGCGAGGGGAGACCUCCUAUCAAAGUCCAGUUUGAGAUUCCAUACUUCACCACUUCUGGCAUUCAGGUGCGCUAUCUGAAGAUAAUUGAGAAGAGUGGUUACACAGCUCUACCGUGGGUCCGAUAUAUCACUCAGAAUGGAGAUUACCAACUGCGGACCACAUGAACUUCUCCUCUAGCCAGUUUUGUACUGUACAUAAUGUUAGCUCUAAACUUGUGUAUAUAUAAUAACUGGAAUGACAGUGGAAACUUCAAGUAAAGAGAAACAGAUAAAAAUGAUGUACUGUCACUUGGUCCAACUGACUUUGGGGAUAUCAAAGUGUUCGGUGAGAGUGUCUAAGUAUUUGUUCAUCUCCUCCACCCUCUGUUUGUGGGUCUUUUUGGCCUUCUCCAAUACCUUCUGCUUUUGCUGUGAGACGAAAGAGUCACUGCCAGGCAGCCCGUGUUACUGGCUGGGAAACUCACUCUCUUGGCUUGUACUGCAGCAUACGCCUUCUCUGCGGAUGUUCUCGUGUUUUUGACUUCCUCCGCCUUCUCCUCGACUUUCUCUACCACCUCUACUACCUCCUCUGCCUUGCUCUUCUUCUUCUUCUUCUUCUUUACUCCUCCUGAAGAUACGCCUUUCAACUUUAGCGAGCCUCCAACACACUCGGCGUAAGCGUCACUCAUAGCAGCAAGCUCAUCUCUCUCCCUGACUCCGUACACGGAAACUGUA